AUGUACAGGAGUAACAGUCCCUAUGGCUUUGACUCUAGCAGUUACAUAGGAUCUGUCCAGUCCAUCCAGUCCAAGUAGGUGUUCUCUUGUGUGCUUGGACUGUAGCUAUAACCCGUUUUUUUUUCUUGUAUAUUCUGUCUCUGAAAUCUGUCUCUGAAAUUGAAUCUAUAUUAUGCUAUUCUCUCAAUUUUCUUGUGGCAGUGGCUAUUCAGUGGAUGAUCGGUCAUCACAGAUAUCAAAUCUGUCCAGACCAAGUGCCAAGUCAAUAUAUAGUAAGUAAAGAGAAAACAUGACCAUUAAUAUUGACCUUGAGCAGUUGAAACUGAUUACCUAAAGCAUUGUUUAUUAUAGAUUAAUGUUUUGUGAAAAGCAACUAUGCAUAACGUGUUAAUCAUUCCAUGUUUCCCAUCAGAGCAGAGGAAGGAGUAUUCAGACUCUAUCACCAAGAUUAUGGACAAAUUCCAUUAUAGAGUAGAGGUAUUGUUUUGGUUUAUCCAAUAUAAUGAUUGUACUAUGCUAAUCAUCUAGCCAUGAUAAUGGUCUGCCUUUGAUCACAAUAGAUACACAGCUAUUUCUGUGAUUUCCUAUGAAGGUAUAAACCCUGUGUCUGUUCUCCAGCAUUUGUUCACCUGUGACCUGGAUGGUGGGGAGGUGCGUGAUGUGAAUGACUGUGUUGAGAGGCUUAAUCUGCUGGAUGGGAUGGGCCGGGUGUGGGGGCAGGACAUGGUCCUGGAGGUGCGGGAUGGGAACCUGCUGUUAACAGACAUCGAGACCAAGGUUGGUGCAUAGACUUUACACUUGACACUAAAACAUUGGGUGGGCAUAGCUAUACCCAUAGUUCCCUAACAGAUAUGAAGUGUUCUAAAGAAAGAACAUACAUGCUGUACACAGCACAACAUGCAUACAUGCUGUACACAGCACAACAUGCAUACAUGCUGUACACAGCACAACAUGCAUACAUGCUGUACACAGCACAACAUGCAUACAUGCUGUACACAGCACAACAUGCAUACAUGCUGUACACAGCACAACAUGCAUACAUGCUGUACACAGCACAACAUGCAUACAUGCUGUACACAGCACAACAUGCAUGCAUACUGUACACAACAUACAGGCUGCAAUAGCUAUGGCUUCUGUUUGGUGUUUUACAUUUCUCUUUGCCUUUUCAAAUGUACAGCUGGCUUAAAAAUAUGGAGGACUAAAAGUGCCACAAUUAAAUAAAUAAAUACACCAUUAAAUAAUUACUUAAAUGUGUCAUUAAUUAAUUAAAAUUAGAAUUAAAUACAUAAAUGUGUUAUUAAAUGUGUCAUUAAUUAAUUCAAAUACCGAUUCAUUUUAUGUAAAAUACAUAUAUAAUUAUUUCACUAUUUACAUUUACAUUUCAUGAUCCUGCAUUGCAGUGAUUCAUGAAUUACUUAAAACUGUCAAACUGACCCAUCAAAAGUUGGUAGGCGGAACCUAACGCCUGAUUGGUUACCCUCUGCAUCAAGCCAAGACAAAUCAAUUCCGGAUAAUGUCAGCAGGUCCUGCUUCUACAUCCUCUGCUAAGUUUAAAAUGUCUCUAACCAACUCCCUGGAAAGUUCACAGAGAUCCUCCAUUGUCUCUAUCCAGGUUGGCCUACUCUACUUCAGACCAAAGCAAUGGAUCAGACUAGAUUCGCGUUAGCCCCGCCCACUGACUUUGAUGGGUCAGUUUGACAGUUUUAAGUAAUUCAUGAAUCACUGCAAUGCAGGAUCAUGAAAUGUAAAUGUAAAUAGUGAAAUAAUUAUAUAUGUAUUUUACAUAAAAUGAAUCGGUAUUUGAAUUAAUUAAUGAUACAUUUAAUUACACAUUUAUGUAUUUAAUUCUAAUUUGAAUUAAUUAAUGACACAUUUAAUUAAUUAAUGACACAUUUAAGUAAUUAUUUAAUGGUGUAUUUAUUUAUUUAAUUGUGGCACUUUUAGUCCUCCAUAUAAAAAUCUCUAACGUUAUCAGUUCUGAUUCAUGACCUACUAUUCUUUCUCCCCAUCUCCGCUCUCCCUGUGUGGGGUUUAGGAGGAGCUGGAGUCCAUGCCUCUGAGCAGCAUCGUGGAGCUGAAGGCUGUGAUGGACAGCUGUGUGUACAAUUCCCUGCUGACCGCGACCGUUAAGGACCGCAGCAAGAGGACCACCAGUGUCUUCAUGUUCCAGUGUGAGGACCUCAGGGUGAGGACACUUAUGUAUUCCUGAGCCUGUCACCAGCCUGUAUUAGGAUCACUAUGUUACUCUCAUGUUUCAAAAUGGAUGUUGGUGAUUAAUUUCAGGCCGAUUUCAUAAAACGGGACCUAGAGAGAGCACUCCCUCACCAGAGAGAGGACGUUAGCAAUCACAGCAACAACAGGUAAUAACAGUCUACAAAAUGUGUUUUAAAUGGUGGUGCACUGCAGCUUAUCACAGUAUAUGCUCAUUUUCUAUGGGUAAACCUGUUCUCCUCUGUAGCAGGGGCAAUCUAGAAGAUAUGGCUGGCCAUCAAAUUGUUAGGAAUCUUCAGAACACUGGCCCACCCCCUGAGCAGAGAGAAUGGACUCCUCCAGAAGACCCCUCAGCUCAAUGGAGCACUCCAGACUAUGGUAAGUCAAUGGCAUGCUCCAACCCAAAGUAACUCUGUAGUCAUAGGAAACCAUUGAUCAAGAGGACUAAAGUUGUGAGCUUGUCUAGAUCACUGUAAGAAAUCCUGAAAUGAUUUGCUCAAGGGUUUGUUUCCAGUGUUAAUGACAGAUGAAUAGCUUUAGUCAAGGUGAUGCAAAAUAUCUUGAAAACAAUAAAUACUGUAUUUAUCAAUGUGUGUGUUCAAUAGAUGAAUAUCCUACACCUGUACCUACACCGCCCAUUCCCAGAGAAGAGCCCCCUCCUCCCAGGAAGGAAACCCCAGUCCAGCCCCUCUUUAUGGAGGACAAGCCCGAGCCAGCCCCUGUCUCUCCUCCACGCCCAUACACAGAGACUGAUAGGAAAGUGGUCAGUGCUCUGCCUCUAUCUUUAUAUUAUUAAUGUUAGCAAUACUGUGGAUGAUUGCUUAAGGUAAGUUUAUUGGGUUGCAUAUGAAUAUUGUACAACAUUUUCUUUGUUUUUCUACAGGACAUCUUGAAUCAUAUUUUCAAUGACAUUGAGAUCUUUAUGGGUCAAGUCGCUGCUGCAGCAGCCAAAGCAGAGAUGAAGAAAAAGAAGAAAAAGAAGAAGAACAAGGAUAAAGGUGAUUUAGAAAUAUAUUUCCCCUUAUUCCAAAAAAGGCUACACCAGUGGUUCAAUUGGGCCAGAGCUACUGUAUGGGUCCAAAGAGAAAAUUAGAAUAAAAGUAUGAUAAACCAAAGUAAGUGUUAGGGUAAUGGUGGUUACGAUUAGGGUUGAGCUGGGGUGUGGACAUGAAGCUAGGGUUAGGGUUAUGGUAAUGGCUGGGUUAAGGGUUGAGCUGGGGUGUGGACAUGAAGCUAGGGUUAGGGUUAUGGUAAUGGCUGGUUAAGGGCUCCCGAGUGGCACAGCGGUCUAAGGCACUGCAUCUCAGUGCUUGAGGCGUCACUACAGACCCCCUGGUUCGAUUCCAGGCUGUAUCACAACCGGCCGUGAUUGGGAGUCCCAUAGGGCAAGCGCACAAUUGGCCCAGCGUCGUCUGGGUUUGGCUGGUGUAGGCCGUCAUUGUAAAUAAGAAUUUGUUCUUAACUGGCUUGCCUGGUUAAAUGCAUAUACAGUGGGGAGAACAAGUAUUUUAUACACUGCCGAUUUUGCAGGUUUUCCUACUUACAAAGCAUGUAGAGGUCUGUAAUUUUUUAUCAAAGGUACACUUCAACUGUGAGAGACGGAAUCUAAAACAAAAUUCCAGAAAAUCACAUUGUAUGAUUUUUAAGUAAUUAAUUUGCAUUUUCAGGUGCAAGAUGACAGUGGGCAAACUAUGGCCUGAGGUUUUUGUUUUUUGAUGCCAUUUGUUUCUUUGUUUCAUUUCCAUGGCAUUGAAGGCAUGCCACCAGCAGAGGAAUUUGAAACCUGUCUCCAGAAAAUCAAAUAUGGGUUCAACCUUCUGGUGUGUAUUCAAAUAUCUCUGCUAUUUUGCUUGUUGUAGACUCAUGAUUUAAUAAAUGCUAUUAAUUUAAUCUGAAAGUUUAAUCCAGUACCUUUGGUCGGUUCACUGUGAUAGGGGGAGCUCAAUGGAAAGAUUAGUAAUCCCAGCGCUCCGGAAUUCGUCCACUGCCUCUUCUCCACCCUGGCAUUUGUAAGUUACUCCUACUGCUUACUCCAUCUUUGUUUACAGCUCAGUGCUUCACCCAUGAUCAUCUUUUUUAAAGUAAUGUUUUGAACCAACCUACCUUCUGUCCCAUUUGAUUAUAUGAGCAAAUUAAUUGACAGUGCAUGAUAAAUCUUCCUAUCAAUGAGUUCCGUACGCUUGUUUCCCCACCACUUCCGCUCCCUCCUCCAGGUGGUAUCCCACUGCCCUGAGGAGCUGCCCCCCACCAUCGUGGUGCCCCUGCUGGAGCCUGAGUGUAUCCGUCUGCUGAGUGAGGAGGCCACCCCUGAGGAGGACCAGCUGUGGCAGUCACUGGGAGACCCCUGGAACAUCCCCAGGUGAGACUAAGUGAUGAAAAGCCUAUCAGGGAAUGGGGAGUUACUGUCAGUCAGGGGUGUUCUGUGCAUGCAAAUUUACUUCCAUACAUUUUGACAAUGGUUUCCUAUGUCCCUGAUGGAUUACCAGUACAAAAUGGCCCGAGGAUGACGAGGACAUCCCUACCUACACUCUGGAGUUCUACGAUGGUUGGCAGCCCCCAGAGGUGACCCACUCUCCCCCAGGGAGAGAGCCUGAGAGGAGGCAGCAGAAUCAGAGUCCGAGUACGCGCUCCACCCCUGAAAAGGUAAAUAUAUAGUGAGCUGCAUCUUAUAGUUCUCUAUAGGCUGGGUAGUUUCAAUAAGGUUUCUUUCAAUAAGUUAUUUCAAACUUUUCCCCUGUAGAGUUCGGCCCAGUGGAAGCCUCCACCAUCACGGUAUGCAUUAAGAAACUAUUAUAAACUUUUUGGAAGCAUUAUGGAUACAUAUUGUUCUGUGUGUGUCUAUAGCUCUAUGCAUGUGUUUUCAGUCCAGAUGAGCCAAACCCCAGUUACAUGCGUGUGAUGUAUGACUUCACUGCAAGGAACAACAGAGAGCUGAGCAUCUCCAAGGGAGAAGUGGUUCAGGUGAGCCUCAUCAACACCACUACAUGUCAACAGCACUUUGAAGUCUGUCUGUCUGUCUGUCUGCCCGCCCAACAGGAGGUUUGACUGAAGCGUGUGUGUGUGCUCUGUGCGUCCACAGCUACUGGACAUGUCCAAGAAAUGGUGGAAAGUAAGGAGCGACAGAGGGGAGGAGGGCUUUGUGCCCAACAACAUACUGGAGUCACUGGACAAGGAGCAGGAAAAGCAGGCAAGAUACCCCAACACUUUACACUGGAAAGCCUGCUGUGUGUUAUUAUGUUGUGUAUGCUCCAUGUGGGGAAUUCAGACCCGAGUUACGCGUGCAUGAAUGUAACUUUAUUCCCUUUUCCCUUUCUCUCUAUUUGUAUUCUGACCUUGAUCUUAAGCAUGAGGAAACGCAUGUGACAGCCAGCUAUUAGUUUGGGGUGGAGAUCAUAGAAACAGAGGUGUGUCUACAGAUAUGCCUAUUCUGACCUUGACUUAAUUCCCUCAUAAUUCCACCACCUUUACUCGCGAGGAAACCAUGAAUAAGGUUGAGCACCUGUCAGUUCCAAGUGAAAAAAACAUCUACUACUUCCGAAAAGAAAUAACACCAUUCUCCAUGCACUGUAAUGUAUACAUUGAUAAGAACUACUGUAUGUAAAAUAGUUAUCUGUUUGGAGAAGGGGAUUGUAAUCACUAAUAGCCAUUGUUUUAGAUGAUUUUUCCUUAUCGCUGGAGAUGAAUGUGAAGCCAGUCAUACGGAAGCAAACUGAAAAUCAUAUCAACAUGACAUGUAUUGCAGCCUCUUUUCCAAGGUGAAGUAGGCUAUAAAUAGCUGUGCCGUUAUUCUGAAUUUUAAUUGAAUGUUCACAUCAUUUACAGGGAUGAAAUUUGGAUCAACCUACCUAGUUGAUUUAUGCACUCUAUAAUGUUUUAAUUAUAUGCCUGGGCUUUUCUGUUUUUUACUCCCAAAGAGCUCGUUCUGCACCUGCAGAAGUUACACUACAUUACCAAAAGUAUAUGGACACCUGCUCAUCGAACAUCUCAUUCCAAAAUCAUGGGCAUUAAAAUGGAGUUGGUCCUCCCUUUGCUUCUAUAACAGCCUCCACUCUUCUGGGAAGGCUUUCCACUAGAUGUUGGAACAUUGCUGCAGGUACUUGCUCCAUUCAGCCAUAAGAGCAUUAGUGAGGUUGGGCACUGAUGUUGGGCGAUUAGGCCUGGCUCGCAGUCGGCGUUCCAAUUCAUCCCAAAGGUGUUCGAUGGGGUUGAGGUCAGGGCUCUGUGCAGGCCAGUCUAGUUCUUCCACACUGAUCUCGACAAACCAUUUCUGUAUGGAUUUCGCUUUGUGCUCGAUUUUCUACACCUGUCAGCAACAGGUGUGGCUGAAAUAGCCGAAUCCACUAAUCUGAAGGGGUGUCCACAUACUUUUGUGUGUAUAUAUAGUGUAAGUUUGAAUACCAAAUACUGAGAAGUGCUUCAAUCAAAACGCAUAACAAAUCUAAGUCUGAAUCGAGCCCCAUGUGUAUAGUGCAUUGUAUUAGUAUGUAAUUAUCAAGACAUUAUCCCCCCUGUUAGGAAACCAGUGGGUCUCCCUCCCUAACCAAGAGGUCCAAGCCUGACCAAGUGAAGGCCUGGCUGGAGUACAAGGGAUUCAGUAAAAUGUAAGAGCACUCAAACUACCAAUCACAUUAAUUAUAGAUCUCUGUAGGCAUACAUGUGAUUGACUACAGUAGUGAUAAAUAAUAAGUGAGCAUGAGAAAAUGACAAGUAUUGUAUAUUUUCCCUGAUUUGUUCAUUUCCUCCCUCACUUUCUCUCCUUCCCUCCCUCUCAGCACGGUGCGCUGUCUGGGUGUGCUAAGUGGCUCUAUGCUCCUGGGGAUGACGAGAGAGGAGCUGAAGAUAGUGUGUCCUGAGGAGGGGGGGACGGGUCUUUUUCCUGCUCCAGAACAUCAAGUCUGCCAUGGCUGUAAGUCACACAUUACUCUGUCUUUAGCUGUACAACUGUUGAUUUAUAUUCUUGUACAUGACAGGUAACAAACUAAUUUGUUUUUCCUUUCCACUCCAGCUUGCUAGUGAGGUAAGGCCAAUAGAGCCUUAG